AUGAACGGAAUGCGGCUGCUCAGAGCAGGGCCUUUAGUCCUUUUCUGGUGUGCGGUAGCCGCGCAGCCGGCGCAGUGGCCCCAUACCAGUGGAGGUUCCGUGAUAGGAAUCACGCUUCCUGCAAGUGCAGGAGGAGCGGAAGUAGAUCAGUUCCUUGGUGUCCCUUUCGCCCGAGCAGAACGAUUUCAGCCUCCAGUGGAUUUCCACGAGACCUACCCUGGGGGCAGCGUCAAAGCAACAAUGUGGGGUCCAGCAUGCAUGCAAGUGGCAGGGGAUCCUACCCAGACAUAUGGAAGCGAGGAUUGCUUGAAGGCAAAUGUUUGGAGCCCUCGCCAUGCUUGGCAGACAGAGAAGAGGCUGCCGGUCAUGGUUUUCAUUUACGGCGGUUCCAACCAGUUCGGAGAGGCGGAGCCCUACAACAUGAGUGCUUUGGCAGCCUUCCACAACGUUGUCUGCGUGUCCUUCAACUACCGAACAGGGCCCAUUGGGUGGAUGGCAUUCCAAGAGGAUGUAGAUGCGCAUCGCUCCACGGGCAAUUGGGGCAUUCUUGAUAUUCAGAGUGCCCUCCGCUGGGUGCAAAAGGAGGUUGCGGCCUUUGGCGGCGACGCAUCGCAUGUCGCGAUCCAUGGCCAGAGCUCAGGGGCAGGCCUCGUGGAGCUGCAGUAUGUCUCCCCUCAGUCCGCCGGCCUUUUCCAGGGUGCCAUCAGCGAGUCAGGAAGCCUCAGCGCCAUGAACCUCUCCAUCGCACUUGCUAGCGCCACGAAGAUUGCAUCCAGCCUUGGCUGCGUCACAGCAACAAACAAGGUGAACAAGACUUGCAUGGCUCGUGUUCCUGCAGUCAAUCUGACCAUGACGACCUACUCGGCCCCUUGGUCUCCUGUCACCGAUGGUGUCACCUUCCCACUUGCACCGCAGGAGUUGCUGCGCUUGGGCCGCGUCAACGAAGCAACCGUUGUCUUGGGGGCGCAGACGAACGACAGCAACCUGUUCCUUUUCCGUGAUUACACUAAGGACGGCUUGGAUCAGCCAAAUGAUCGACCGGAUGGCGCGCUCAAGCCAUUGUCGGCCACGCAAUAUGGAUUUCAGCUUUUUUCGCGAGUUGGCCCGCGCCAUGUGGCCAAGGCUAUUAGCCUUUACCCGCCAGUGCAAGGGAGCAGCAUCUUGAAUGUGCACCAACUUGGAAACGUGGAGUCGGACCAGAGCCACUGUCAAAUUCGACACCGCGCCUCAUUGUUCAACAAGGUCCACCCUGGGCGUGCCUUCACAUACCGCUUUGACUACUGGUACACUGGCAAUCCGAACUGUACUGCCGUACCCAAUUAUCAUUUGCCAUACCUUGGCGCGGCACACCAAGAUGAAGUGACUUUUGUGCUCGGGCAGCCAAACUUCAUGGAGGAUGGCAGCUGCUGUGGCCUUUGGGGCCUGACCACGCCCGACUGCCCGCACCUCACGCGCUGCGAGGCAUGCUAUGCUCCAGAUCGUUUCGGUCACGAAGGCUACCGAGCAUACUUCAAUGACAAGGAGUGGGACUUUGCCCGGACAGUGGGCACCUUUUGGACGAACGUCGCGGCCAGCGGCGAUCCCAACUGCAGAGAGCACUGCAACACGAAAGGGCCCUGGCCCAAAUUUGCUUCUGGUGGUGAAGUCACGCAGAACAUAGUACUCAAUGCAUCACUGCCGGGUGGGGCGCUAGCCGAAGAUACUCCGCAUGGCCGCCCCGAGAUCUGUGCCUUUUGGGAUGCAGUUGCUGCAGAUGCUGAGAGACAGCAUUCAGAACCCGCUUUGUACGCCUGA